AUGUCCUCUCCACACAGUUACUUCACCAACCUUGGCCUUGGCUACUCCAUAGCCAUAGCCCUCGCUUUCCUCGUCCUCCUCGCCACUCUCUUCCUCUCUUUCUACCUCUGUUGCCGCACCAAUCACAACAACAACAACAACCUCGCCAACAACAAUCCCAACAACAACAAUCCCAACAACUACACAGAAGGUAUCGUUUUGUCACGUGACAUCUUCAUUUCUGAAACCGAUGAAGAAAACCAACUCGCCCAAGAAAACACGGUGGUCGGUCUAGAAGACAACGUGAUAAAUUCGUAUCCCAGGUUUCAAUUCAACAGAGACAACGCUACCGUAUUAGGACAGAACACAACCUGUUCUAUUUGUUUGUGUGAGUAUAAAGAUUCCGAGAUGGUUAGGAUGAUGCCUGAGUGUCGUCAUUACUUUCAUCUCUGUUGUCUUGACUCCUGGUUGAAGCUUAACGGCUCUUGUCCCGUUUGUCGAAACUCCCCGCUCCCAACGCCGCUAGCUACUCCGCUUCAAGAGGUUGUUCCGCUUUCUCAGUACGGUGCUGAUCGGAGACGAAGAAGGUGA